AUGCCGGAGGUGCCAGAAAAUGCUAACCAACACUGCCCCGGCACAUCCAGCGAUCAGGCAGGCAAGGCAGCCGCAUGUGCCGGCUGCCCCAACCAGAGCGUUUGUGCCACAGCGCCCAAGGGACCCGAUCCAGAUCUGGCGGCCAUUGCACAGCGCAUGUCGGCAGUGAAAAAUAAGCUGCUGGUGUUAUCGGGCAAGGGCGGUGUGGGCAAGAGCACGGUAUCGGCCCAGCUGGCUUUCGCGCUGGCCAGGAGGGGGUUCGAGGUGGGCCUCCUGGACAUUGAUAUUUGCGGUCCGUCUGUGCCGAAAAUGCUGGGCCUGGAAGGACAGGAGGUGCAUUCGUCUAACUUGGGCUGGUCGCCCGUGUACGUGGAAGACAAUUUGGCGGUCAUGAGCAUCGGUUUCAUGUUGCCAAACCCGGACGAGGCAGUCAUCUGGCGCGGUCCACGCAAGAACGGGCUCAUAAAGCAGUUCCUGAAGGACGUGCAUUGGGGCCCGCUGGACUUUUUGGUGGUAGAUGCACCGCCUGGCACCUCGGACGAACACAUUACCAUCACGCAAUGCUUACAGUGGCGCGGUGCUGCUGGCAGCACCGCCGCCAUCAUCGUAACAACACCACAGGACGUGGCGGUCAUCGAUGUUCGCAAGGAGGUCAGCUUUUGCCGCAAGGUGGGCCUGCCGGUGCUGGGGGUCGUGGAGAACAUGGCCGGGCUGAUCACGCCUCUAGAGUGCUGCACCUUCACGGCAGCGCCCGUUCUUGCGCUCCUGGCGGAGCGCUUUCCAGGGGUUUUGCUGCGAGUUGGCACUGAGGUGUUCCGCGCGGGUGGUGCAUCGGACCGCAUGUGUGCGGACAUGGGGGUGGAGCUGUUGGGUCGGGUGCCUCUGGAUCCGGGGCUAGGAGCGGCGGCGGAUGCUGGGUUGCCGAUAGUGGGGCCGCCGCCAGGUGGCGACGACGGGGCAGCGGACGCAGCAGCGGGGCCUACGGCGGCGUGCCUGCCGGCGUUGAUGGCGAUUGUGGACAAAGUGGUGGAACGGACUGGGGGAAAGGUGCUGACGAUGCAGCCCCAGGAUAGGGUUGCAUGACGUUGCAUAGGUGCGGAAUCCAAUUAGGUACAUGAGCCUUGACAAUACCCUACCUUCGGGGUCGCGCUGGAUAUUGUAUAUGCAUGCAUUGCGAAGGGAGAAAUUGUGUGCGACGGUGGUGUGCGGCGGCUGUGGACGCUGCAGGUAUGGACUACUGCAUUUCCGCAACCAUCCAGCUUGCCUCAGUCCCCCUGAACGAAGGGACUGGGUGCGCCUGCGUGGCUUGUACGCCUUUACGCGUUGUUAAGAACAUGCUUAAUGUAAGCGUACAUCUGCGCGUGCCAA